AUGUCGCAAUCUGACGCAGAUCGUAAUAUUAUUCCGAAUGAUAUUGCUAAUUUUUGUCGUAAGCAAUUGAAUGACAUUGAAAAAUAUGAAGUUCUUGUGCAUAAUUGGAUACCUGAUGUAGACUUCAAGUUUCCAACUUCUGGCAAACGAAAUUUGAAAUUUCAGCAUUCUUGGUUACGCUCAUUUGUGUGGUUGGUGUAUUCUGCUGCAGAAGACGGAGCUUAUUGCCGUUAUUGUGUCUCAUUUGGAUCAAAUUCUGUUGGUAAAGGGGGUCAUCAGAACACAAAUUUAUUGGUUCAGACUGCAUUUCAAGAUUGGAAGAAAGCACUUGAAAAAUUUAGAGAACACCAAAAAAAAAAAUAUCACCUUGACGCCAUGGAGGAUGGACAAAAUUUUAAGUUGAUUUACGAAAAACGGAAGAGUGACGUGAUCAGCGAAAUUGACAAAGGGCGAAAAAAACAACAACUCGAAAACAGACAUAAGUUAAUUCCGAUCGUCCGAGCCGUUUUGCUGUGUAGCAGGCAAGGAUUAGCAUUAAGAGGUCAUCGAGAUCAGGGCUCUUUAUCACGGAAAAUGCCGGUAGAAAACGACGGGAAUUUCAGAGCGUUACUUCGUUAUGCCCUAGACAACGGCGAUCAAGCUUUGGCCAAUCAUUUAAAUACUGCGGGUGCGAAUUCAACGUAUUUAAGCUAUCGUAUUCAAAAUGAAAUAAUUGAUGCAGCAGGGAAACAAAUAACGACGAAUAUUGUGCAACGUGUAAACAAAUCUAGAUAUUUUUCUGUCAUUGCUGACGAAAGUACGGAUGUGAGUGGCAUUGAACAGUUUUCAAUAUGCGCUCGAUUUGUCGAUAAAAUGGACGAAUACAAAAUUCGAGAAGACUUUUUGUGCUUUAUCCCUGUUGAGGACGUUACCGGAAAGGGGCUUGCAAAUACGUUGCUGACCACGAUGGAAAACAUUGGCAUAAACCUGGCCAAUAUGAGAGGGCAAGGCUAUGAUGGGGCGCGUGCAAUGAGCGGAAAAUUCAACGGCUGUGCUGCCAAAGUUCGAGAACUAUAUCCGGAAGCUAUUUACGUCCACUGUGCUAAUCAUAAUUUGAAUUUGGCUAUUACGCAUGCGUGCAAAAUAUCGUCCAUCCGAAAUUGCAUAGGCACAAUUAAAGAGGUUGUAAAUUUCUUUCGUCUAUCCAAUAAGGCAGGUCUAGUUUUAAAAGAAAAAAUUCAAAUGUCUUGCCCAAGUGCGAAACAAACACGUCUUCUUAAAUUCUGCGAAACGAGAUGGGUUGAGCAUUUGGACUCACUCAGUUUGUUCAACGAUGUAUAUGAACAUAUCUGCUUAUCGUUAGAGUACGUGGAUGAAAAUAAUUUGAAAACCAUCGGAGUCAAACCUCAUGCCCUGCUUGCAUCGAUAAAAACACCUCAAUUUAUUAUGGCUUUAACAGUAGUUAAGCCGAUUUUCAGCAUAAUGAAAAAUCUCAGUGUGUUUUUACAAAAGGAAGAUUGUGAUCUUAGCUUAUGCAUUGAUUAUGCAAAUCACGUGUAUGAUGAAAUCAAUGAGAUGCGUUGUGAUUCGGACUUGAAAUUCAAAAGCUUGUAUGCAGCAGCAAAAGAAAUGGCGGACAAAUUGGAUAUUAAUUUAGUAUACAGUGAUUACGCAAACAGUGCGGUCGUGUUUGUAUGUGAUCGCUCGCUUAUCUGUUUUCGUACGAUAUCGACGUCUGUAUUUAUUAUAUAUUCUUUUGUACUUUUAAUCUAA